GCUUUUGGCGCUUCCGCGAACAUGGCGGCGCGGUAGUCAGGACACAGGAAUCUGGGGCGCGGGGAGGCCGCCGAACUCAGAUCAGGCUCGGCGAUGGCGACCCCAGAUCAGAAGUCACCUAACGUUCUGCUGCAGAAUCUGUGCUGUCGGAUCCUGGGCCGGAGCGAAGCUGAUGUUGCCCAGCAGUUCCAGUUCGCUGUGCGAGUCAUCGGCAGCAACUUUGCCCCAACUGUUGAAAGAGAUGAAUUUCUAGUAGCUGAAAAAAUCAAGAAAGAACUAAUUCGACAAAGGAGAGAAGCAGAUGCUGUGCUGUUUUCAGAGCUCCACAGAAAGCUUCAUUCACAGGGAGUUUUGAAAAAUAAAUGGUCAAUUCUCUACCUCUUGCUGAACCUUAGUGAGGAUCCUCGCAAGCAAGCCAGCAAGGUGACUAGCUAUGCUUCGUUAUUUGCACAAGCAUUACCAAGAGAUGCUCACUCAACGCCCUAUUACUACGCCAGGCCUCAGACCCUCCCCCUGAACUACCAGGACCGCAGUACACAGGCGCAGAGCACUGGCAGCCUGGGCAGCAGCGGCAUCAGCAGCAUUGGCAUGUGUGGCCUCAGUGGCCCCACACCUGUGCAACCUUUCCUCCCAGGACAGUCCCAUCAAGCUCCAGGAGUUAGUGAUGGCCUUCGACAGCAGUUGGGGUCACGUCUUGCAUGGACUCUGACUACAAAUCAACCUUCUUCACAAACCCCUACCUCAAAGGGUUUCCCAAAUGCACUUUCUCGAAACAUGACGAGGUCAAGGAGAGAAGGGGAUCCGAGUGGUACUAUGGAAGUGACUGAAGCAGCCCUUGUGAGAGACAUUUUGUACGUCUUCCAGGGGAUCGAUGGCAAAAAUAUCAAAAUGAGCAGCACUGAAAAUUGUUACAAAGUGGAAGGAAAGGCAAACAUAAAUAAAUCCUUAAGGGAUACGGCAGUCAGACUUGCUGAGUUGGGAUGGUUACAUAAUAAAAUCAGAAAAUAUGCUGACCAGAGGAGCCUGGACCGCUCAUUUGGACUUGUAGGUCAGAGCUUUUGUGCUGCCUUGCACCAAGAGCUUAAAGAAUACUACCGGCUGCUUUCUGUUUUACACUCUCAGCUCCAGCUGGAGGAUGAUCAGGGUGUGAAUUUGGGAUUUGAGAGUAGCCUUACGCUGCGGCGCCUCCUGGUUUGGACGUAUGAUCCCAAAAUAAGACUGAAGACCCUUGCAGCCCUGGUGGAUCACUGCCAAGGACGGAAAGGGGGUGAACUGGCUUCUGCUGUCCAUGCCUACACAAAGACAGGAGACCCCUACAUGAAGUCCCUGGUGCAGCACAUUCUGAGCUUGGUGUCCCAUCCUGUCCUGAGCUUCCUUUACCGCUGGAUAUAUGAUGGGGAGCUGGAGGACACUUACCAUGAAUUUUUUGUGGCAUCAGAUCCAACAGUUAAAACUGAUCGGCUGUGGCAUGACAAGUAUACAUUGAGGAAAUCGAUGAUCCCUUCCUUCAUGACAAUGGACCAAUCUAGAAAGGUUCUUUUGAUAGGAAAGUCAAUAAAUUUCUUGCACCAAGUUUGUCACGAUCAGACGCCUACUACAAAAAUGAUAGCUGUGACCAAGUCUGCAGAGUCACCCCGUGAUGCUGCAGAUUUAUUCACAGAUUUAGAAAAUGCAUUUCAAGGGAAAAUUGAUGCUGCUUAUUUCGAGACCAGCAAAUACCUAUUGGAUGUUCUCAAUAAAAAGUACAGCUUGCUGGACCACAUGCAGGCAAUGAGGCGAUACUUGCUUCUUGGUCAAGGAGAUUUUAUAAGGCAUUUAAUGGAUUUACUAAAACCAGAACUUGUUCGCCCAGCAACAACUUUAUAUCAACAUAACUUGACUGGAAUUCUUGAAACUGCUGUAAGAGCCACCAACGCCCAAUUUGACAGCCCCGAGAUCCUCAGGAGGCUGGAUGUGCGGCUGCUGGAGGUCUCUCCAGGUGAUACUGGAUGGGAUGUCUUCAGCCUCGAUUAUCACGUUGAUGGACCGAUUGCCACCGUGUUUACACGAGAGUGCAUGAGCCAUUACCUGAGGGUGUUUAACUUUCUGUGGCGAGCCAAGCGCAUGGAGUAUAUCCUCACCGACAUACGGAAGGGGCACAUGUGCAAUGCGAAGCUCCUGAGGAACAUGCCAGAGUUCUCUGGGGUCUUGCAUCAGUGUCACAUCCUGGCCUCUGAGAUGGUGCACUUCAUUCACCAGAUGCAAUAUUACAUCACCUUUGAGGUGCUUGAGUGUUCUUGGGAUGAGCUUUGGAACAGAGUCCAGCAGGCCCAGGACUUAGACCACAUCAUUGCAGCUCAUGAAGCAUUCCUGGAUACCAUCACCUCCCGCUGUCUCCUAGACAGUGACUCCAGGGUACUUUUAAACCAACUUAGAGCUGUGUUUGAUCAAAUUAUUGAGCUUCAGAAUGCUCAAGAUGCCAUCUACAGAGCUGCUCUGGAAGAAUUACAGAGGCGACUACAGUUUGAAGAGAAGAAGAAACAGCAUGAGGUCGAGGGCCAGUGGGGCGUGACAGCAGCAGAGGAAGAGGAGGAAAACAGGAGAAUCCGAGAAUUCCAAGACUCUAUACCAAAAAUGUGCUCACAGUUGAGAAUAUUGACACAUUUCUACCAGGGUGUUGUGCAGCAGUUUCUGGUGUUGCUGACGACCAGCUCUGAUGAAAGUCUUCGAUUUCUCAGCUUCAGGUUGGACUUCAAUGAACAUUACAAAGCCAGAGAGCCCAGGCUCCGUGUUUCUCUGGGCACCAGGGGGCGGCGUAGUUCCCACACGUGAAGUGUGGGGGGGUCCUCCCUUGGAGCCUGGGUUAUUAGAUGCCCACUCAAGCCCAGAUGCUCAAGCCCAGACCCUCCAGGCAGCUGGGGAGCUGCAGGAGGCCCCUGUCUGCACACAGGCCACAGUGUUCCAGCACCGUGUCUCAUGGAAAUAGUCUCGUUACACACUGGAUUGAGUGUGAUGUCACUAAAUUCAACAGGCUGGCUCACCCACUCUUAAGUCUUCAUAGUUGAAGGACACUGUGAUGUGUCAGGGUGUCCUAAGAUCUCCAUGGUAUAGUGUCACUUAAACAAAACCCUGUUUCUUUUAGCAAAAUCUUAGGACAGUGGUGUGUUCAGAAAUUAAGAUGGCAAUGUCAUUGCUAUUUUUUUAACAUCCUCUUAAGAGGCAGCUUUUAUUACCAUGAUCAAGUUAAAUUGAAACAGGUCCUUACUAAGAAAAUACACCAGAGCAGUUGUUUCGGUUUUAAUGUUCUAAAAUACUAGCCCGCGUGAGGAAAUUAUCCGUGUAUUCCUUCACACGUUUUUUUCUCUUCUAAAGUUUACAUUUUUAUAUUUGGUUUAUUUCAAAUAACUUGUUAGAACAGUACAAAAACAGUCGGAGUGAUAGGGAACAGAAAUGUCCUUAACCAGGGCAGCCCGGCUGAAGGCAGCCAGCUGAACAGUGUGAAUAUGAGAGAGGCGAAGGCAGAUGAAGUGUUUUAUUUUCAAAAUUCUGGUAAGCAUUGGAAAGAAGUUAACUUGGAUAAUGAAAUUUCUUUUUUCCUUGCCUAUUUUUUCAUUGUGAAUAUUUAUAUACUACUGGCCAGAUGUUAGAGGGAACUGUUUUUUUGUAAAAAUGUCAUAUCAGGUCACAUAAAUAUGCCUUUUUUAUGUUGCAUAAGUGAGAAAGUAGAAAAUUAAAAACAAUUAUCUUUCA